AUGGAUUUGGAUUCUGUGAAGGAGUUUAUACGAAGGGAAGUUCCGGAUUGGGACGAUGAAGUUGUGGCGAUGGCGAGGUUUAAGGCGUUUAGUGGGCAAAGAUCCGAUUGGGAACACAAAUUCCAGAUUUGGCGAGAUUUGAUUCUCAAGGUUUCGCGUCAUUUCGGAGUAUUCAUUAUUGAUCCUAUCCAGGUGAAGAACGUUUGGUUUGAGCGUGGAGGAAUGACGCCUUUAUGUAUUGAUCAUGUACUGUUAUUGAUGCAUAAUGAAGGUGAUGUUGUGAGGAUUAGCGAUCUUGAUGAUCGGGGUAGUGGCCGUUUAUCUCGAUUAUUGAGGACAGUGAAGAGUUUAAUGGUUCAGCAAGCGGUGAAACCGGGAGAGAUUCUGGAAGAAAAACUUGUUAUAGUCCCACUUUUGAAGGAGAAGGCUGCUGAUGUGGUGAAACUUUUGUCCGAGGGACACUGGACUUCAACCUGUGUUGUUACGCUGAAGAAGUUCCGGAAUUUGUGCAACAAUUCGAAUGAGGCAUCUGCUGUCUUGAGACACUUGUCAGGGUGUGGAAAAGCGCAUAAAAUCUCUAUCAAUCGGGGAGAACUGAUUGAGGGAGUUAAAGUGUCCUUUUCAGAAGCAGCACUUCCCAGUAUCUCAUCUUUAGACUGUGAUAUUCUGCACUUGCUUAGGACUACAGAAAAGCUACAGGAUCAACUUGAAGUGAUGGAUCAACGAUGUGAAACGUCAAAGAAAUCAGCGCUUGCAUCUCUAAAGUCUGGACACAAGAAAGUUGCUCUAAGGCAUGCAAGGGAAAUGAAGUUGGCGACUGAGAGCAGAGAAAAAUGCACAUCACUUCUGAAUAGAGUAGAGGAAGUUCUGAACACUAUAACGGAUUCUGAAUCAACUAAAAUGGUCUCCGAAGCAAUUAAAACUGGAGCUAGGGUUAUGGAGGACAUCACGAUCAGUGUAGAUGAUGUUCAUGACUGUUUGGAAGAAAUUGAGGAAACUAUUGAAUCACAGAAGCAAGUCGAAAAAGCUCUCGAAUCAGCUCCAUAUUCAGAUGUUGAUGAUGAAAAUAUCGAAGAAGAAUUCAUGAAAUUAGAGAUGGAGCUUGAAAGCGAAAGUUCGCACGUCAAACCAGCGACUUCGGAUACUGCAGAUUCACUGACUGAGAUGUUCUCAGAGCUUAAACUCGGCGAUACAAAACAAACAUUGGAAGAGCAAGCUACUGAGCCAGUUCGGAUGAAAGAUAGCGGGAAAAAGAUUCUUGAAGCAGCAUAG